UCGACAUCCACCAUUUGCGCAGCGCAUCGCGUUGGUCCUUCCCCUCUUUUCUCAGUCCUCACAUCUUUCAGCCUCUGAAUUGUCGCCUCCGUUUUCACGUUCAUCUUGACGGCGACGAUCGACGACAAGCACGACGCGCCGCCCGCCGACGACCACAAGCGCCUGCUCAUCAGUACCAGUGCCACCGGCCUCCUCAUCAUGAACAGCGAUCCCUUCUUCCAGCCCCCUUGGCCGUCGCACCAUCAGGACCCGCACCACCACGCGCACGCGAUCCCGCCGCCCCCGAAAGACCGCGAGGCGCUCGCGCAGGCGACGAAGGACCUGAUGUCGCUCGCGGACGCAGGCGCGGCGAUGGGCGCGGGCGCGUACGGCGGCGGCUACCUCCCGCGCAUCCCUAUGGCGCACGCGCAUACGGACACGCACCCCAUCCUGCAGAAGAUGCAGCAGCAUCCCCACUAUCCACCCGCGCCGCAGCUGCCGCACCAGUACAGCUACCCGCUGCAGUCCUCGGGCGCGGGACCCUCGCAUUCGCCCACUUCGUCCUUCCCCCCGCACCACUUUCACGAUGCGUUCACGGGUCCGUCGACGCGGCCUGCACCUGCUGAGGCAUCCGGCCCGAGGAAACGACAGAGGCCGAGCCCGCCUGAUGUGACCCCCUCGUCCGCAUCCACAUCCCUGUCGCCCGAGCCCCCCGCCCGCGCCGCAUCCGCACCGAAGACAAGAUCCGCAGCAGGGAAGGGCAAGGCGAAGGCGAAGGCACGCAAGGGGAGCGGCACUGCAGCGAAGGACGCAGCCGCGCUCCUGACGCCGUCGCAGAAGAAGGCGAACCACAUCCAGAGCGAGCAGAAGCGGCGGGCGAAUAUUCGCCGCGGAUACGAAGCUCUGUGUGAGACGGUGCCGGCUCUGAGGGAGGCAAUAGCCGCGGAGGAACAGGCGGCGAUGCGGGAUGGCAAGAAGGAUACGCGACGGGAAGGCAACACAAGGAGCAAGGCGAAGAUGAUCGACGGGGAGAAGAUCGACGGACGCGCAGGGCCCAGAAGCGAGAAUGUCGUCCUUGCAAAGACCAUCGACUAUAUCAAUGGCCUGCUGGACGAGCGGCAAUCCCUGCUCGCGCGCCUACAUCGCGCUCGGAGCAUGCUGGGCAUCCCACCAGAUCAGUCGAAUGGGACAGCACUAUGGGAGCGUCAAUGGACAGGGGGCGAGGGACGUGAUCCGUACGCGGAGGAAGACGAGGAGGACGCAGACGGGGCGGAGAGCGACCCGUGACGAGGGAUGGUAUUUUCGCUCGAAGCUUGUACUCGGACAGUCAGAGUCGGCAAGUUCGUUCAGCAUGUUUACCAAGGAACGGAUGAGGGGGGACUGUAUGUAUAGCAUUGUAUGCAUGGUGUAUUGUUAGCUGGAUGUAGGAAACUGUUGCUUUCGAGGGAGGGAAAGGGUAGGGCAAAGUCACUAAGAG